AUGGGCAAAAUCAUCUUCUACGAGGACAAGAACUUCCAGGGUCGCUCCUACGAGACCAGCAGCGACUGCGAUGAGCUGACUUCUUAUCUGAGCCGCUGCAACUCCUGCAGGGUGGAGAGCGGCUGCUUCAUGGUCUACGAACGACCCAACUACAUGGGCCACCAGACGCUGGCGAGGAGGGGAGAGUACCCCGACAACCAGCGCCUGAUGGGCAUGACCUCGAGCGACUGCAUCCGCUCCAGCCGCAUGAUCCCCACGCACAGGGGCCAGUUCAGGAUGAGGAUCUACGAGAGGGAGAGCUUCAGGGGUCAGAUGAACGAGGUGACUGACGACUGCGACUCCAUCCAGGACCGCUUCCACAUGUCCGACUGCCAGUCCGUCAACGUGAUGGACGGCCACUGGCUGAUGUACGAGCAGCCCCAGUACAGAGGCCGGAUGCUCUACCUGAGGCCCGGAGAGUACAGGAGCAUGAGGGACAUGGGAACGGGUCCCAUGGACAUGAGGAUCGGAUCCAUCCGGCGCAUCAUGGAUUCCUGUUAA